AUGAAAACAGAAGAACAUGAUCCAUCGAAUAAAGCAAACUAUCCAAAUGAAAUUCUUCCGACCAAUUACCAGCCACAAUUAAAUCUUCAUAACCAAUUUAGUCGAGGGGUAGAUCAGAGAUCCAUAAAAACCACAGGAAGUACAAUUACCCAAGAUAGCACAAUCGCUCUUUCUCCAAGUGAAGACAACUCCUCAAUUAGUACAAAACCUUAUUCCUCAUCAAUAACAUACCCGUUGAAAAAGAAACGGGCUCGCAUCGCAAAAGCAUGCCAGUUUUGCCGAUUGAAGAAAGUCAAAUGUGAUGGAGGACAACCAUGUUUGAAUUGCCAGCAAAACAAUGAAGGCGAGUGCGUGUAUGCAAAUGAUACCGAACGGAAACCUCGGGCACCAAGAGCACCAUCGUCGACGGCGUCAAGUAGAGUGAGCAAAAGCCGUUCAAUGAAGGAACUCGAUGGAAGAUUGUUGAAUAUCGAGCAAUUAUUGACUAAUUUGACAAAAGGUCUUCAAGGUAGCAACAAUAACUCGUCGAUCAAGGAUAUCAUUCCUCAACAGGCUGCGCUUGCAUUAUCUCAACUUAAUCAAAAGUCUAACAACGCGACGACAUCAUAUUUAAGGGAUAUUGACGAAGAAAAUGAAAUAGACGAUGGGGAUUAUAUUUAUAAUAAGAGAAUCAAGAACAAGAAGAGGAACAGGAACAAGAACAAAAACAAGAACAAGAAGAAAAAUAAGGAUGAUAAUGGUAUCGAUAGAGAAGAUAACGAUGACAACGACGACGAUAUUAAUGAUGAAGAUGUUGAUGACGACGACGAUAAUGAUGAUGUUGACAACGAAAAAGAUGGAGAGGACGACGAUGACGAUGACGAAGAAGAAGAAGAAGAUGAUGAUGACGAUGAAGAAGGAGAAGAGGGAGACGAGAAUGAAAUUGAAGGACGAGAGCGCAAGGGAUCGAGGAUCCCACUGCAGCUCAAUAAAUUCGGAUACCAUUCCGUUAUAAACAUAUUCUCCGAAGAUUCUAUUCGGCAACUUUUUCGAAAAUUAGGCCACGGAAGACAAAGUGAUAUUCAUUCUAUUGUAAAAAUGGCUGAUAUAUACAGCUUCUAUGGCCUGGCGUUUCUAGACUCAGCCUCACAACCCAUACAAGCGAAUCUCACAAACAGAACAGAUCUCAUGGACAAUACAUUUCCAAGUAUCACAUUGCCAAUGGAGAUCUUGACCAGUUUUGAUGAAAUGUACUUGGCUUCGUAUGUUUGUGAUAGUACCUAUAUAAAGAAGCUCUUUAAAGAUUAUUUUGAGCUCAACAAACAGACACCGACAAAAGGACCUAAUUCCAAGUUGCGACCAUUUACUUGGUCCGAGUUAAUGAUUAUGACGGUCCUGGUGGCAUUAUCUAUAUCUGCAGUAAUCGACGAGCGAAACAAUAUCAAAAUUAGAAAAACAAAUCUACCUAUUGGUGAAUCAAUACAGGCACUUUCCGAUGAGCAGCUAGUUGAGUUGGAUUCCAAAUGCUUUUUUGCAAUGAUUUAUUACUAUCAUCGUAUAACUUGGUGGGGCGAAGGCGUGGCAAGUGUCCAAGCCUUACUAUUGUUUGUUAUGUAUUGUGAGCUGGUUGUGUCAAUCAUGAGAUUUAGCAGUAUCCCCAUAACCAUUGCCACGAGACUAGCACUUGACUUGGGGUUGCAGAGAAAGGAAUGUUAUGAAGAAUUAAGCUGGCACGAAAAACAAACUAGAAAAGUCGUUUGGUGGUCUUGUGAAUAUUUUGAAAUUACAAACUGUUUCCGAAAUGGAUUACCACCAAUGCUCAAAUCUGGCGAUUUGACAAGUUUUGAAGAAAGUGAUAGGUCAGUGCAAACAAUUAUGAGAUCAAACAUUGAUUUGAUAAGGGACCUUUGGAAAGGACCUCGAUCAGAGACAUAUUUAAAUGAAAUGAAAGAGAAAAAAGCACUUCAUCAGUGUGCGGCUUUCUUUCUUCACCAUUUGACAAAGCUCCGUGUUGAAGCUUAUAACCAGAUAUUUAGUAACGAGUCGAGGGGAAAAUCAUUUUCCACCAUGAUUAAGGUUUUGGGUAGAAUUAAUCGAAACUUGUCUGGGUUAAGGGAUUUGGCAGAACCACCAAUCACCAUUUGUUUUUAUGAUGAUGAUCGGUUUUUAUUCAACAAGAAGAACAAACCAUUGGAACAUAUACUAACAGUGGACUCCGGAUACGAGAAUUUGGUUGCCAUGUAUUUCAACUACUAUUUGCUGUCAAUGGCUAUAAACCGAGUUGCUUUACAAUCUAUACCCAAUAACAAAGAAAAUAAACUCUUGAUUGAAAAGUCGAAAGAAUUCAAAGAGUUGUCUAUGCAAGCUGCUCGAACUAUUCUUUAUGUCACCAAGAGUUUCAAUCUCAAAACAAUGCUAUUCUCUAGUUUCAGUUGGUUUUUGUAUUAUCCUUUUGCAGCUUUGUUGCAUUUGGCAAGUGUAUGGUUUGAAGAUCCAAACUCUUUGGAUGCUGAAAGGGAUAUAAGCUUGAUGAUUGAAACUUCGUUGAACUUUUUUGCUUUCCGAUACAAGAACAAGAAUUCCAAAAUUAAACGUCAUUGCAUUAGACAGACAUUAUUUGAUUUGGUUUCCAGAUUUGUCCUAAAGGUUUAUCUCAGUGUUGCCAAUGACAGUGUUAGUGACAAAUUCUACAAGAAAUACAAAAAUCUUCGCAAGCAUUUGAAUUUGGUGAAGGAAUUUCCCGAUUUUUACUCUGAUGGUCAAGAAUUGGGUAUAAAUCCCCAGAAAGCUAGCGAAUUCUGUCAUCUUUGGUUUAGACCAUAUGAGUUGAUCAAUACCAAUAAAAGCGAAAGUGGUAAUACAUCUACCAGUAGUGGAGGCGGUAAUACAUCCACCAGUAGUGGAGGUGGAAAUGUGUUUACAAUAAGCGGAGUCGGCAAUACUUCUUCUACAAGCGGAGGUGGCAACGCAUCCUCGUCAAGUGGAGUCGACGGUAAUGCUUUCACUACAAGGGGUAACAGAAAUGCUUCCUCAUCAUCUGGUAGCCGAAACGCAUCCACUUCAAGCGGAGGUGGAACUACUAGCCAAUCACCAAAUAACAACGCCGCUGCCUCAAAAAGCCUUAUGGAGCGCAAGAUUGAUAGCAUGUUAAAGCAUGCGAUAUCUCCACUGAGUUCAACACAGGUAAGAUCGCAGGAAUAUGAGGACCAAUUAAAUGACAUGGCAUAUCAACAACAAAAGCAACAAAUUCCUCAACAGUAUCCACACCAAUCUCAGGAGGGUGAAAGGAAAAGACAAUAUGAUCAACAACAACACCAGCAGCAGCAACAGAGGAAACGACUGCAGAGGAGGCAACAACGUGAGGCACAUGAGCAACAACACCAGCAACGACAUUUACAGCAUUUGCAACAACAGCAACAGCAACAAGAUCAUCAUCAUCAUCAACAACAACAACAGCAGUUAUACCAACAACAACAACAACAACAACAACCGCAAAACCAGUUAAAUUUCAACCAACAAUAUCUUGAUUCUUCAAUACCACAACAUGUUUACAGUCCCGGUGUUGCCGCUGCAACCUUUGGUACUAACUUUCAGCAAUCAAUACUUCAGCAGCAACACCAACACCCACAAAAUCCACAACAUCUGCAACAUCCACACCAUCUGCAACAUCCACAACAACAAUCUCAGCAACAUACACCACAGAUGAUGCCGCAUGUGUAUAAUUCACGCCUAUCUGUUGGACAUCCAACACCAGUAUCAUCAUCAUUAUCAGCAGCAGAAGCACCAUCACAACAACCUCCGCAGCAAGAUUACUUUCCAAAUUUUGAACACAUGUUUGAUGAUGCGUCGAAUAUGGGUAUUUCUGAGUUGCUUGAUAACUAUAGUGCCGGGACUAAUACUGCCAACACCCAAAACGAUGGAAACACAGUAAGAGGUGGUGGAACUGGGACAGCCUCUAGCCAGGAAGGGAAUGAUGGUACAACUCCAAAGGGAUCUAGAUCAACAAAUUCAGGAAAGUCAAAAACACCGAGUCGCAGAAGUCGUAAGUCGAAACGAUAA